AUGGCUUCCCUAGCGUUCCCGUCCCUUGCCAAGAGGGCGACCCUAUCUGACGGCACGUCGUAUGGAUAUGUCGCUCACCCCUCGUCCAAAGCCGAUGCGAUCACCUUCCUGCUCCUUCAUGGAUAUCCCAGCUCUUGCUAUGACUGGCGCCAUCAAAUCAAGUCAUUGUCAGCCGCAGGGGGCUGUGGAUUGCUUUCCCGUCUGGUCACAUAUAUCCCCGAUUGCUUGAUGGGCAUUGUGCCGAUCUCAGUCGGGUACAUUCAGCCUGGCCUGGUGGAUAUCGAUGCGAUCAAUGCAUAUACUGAGAGCCUCUUCGGGUAUCCAACGUAUGGAUACUGGCCGUGGCACAAUAAUGAGGACGCUGUUAAGGAUUGUGACGAACAUCCAGCUUCGGCUUUUACACUCAUCUAUGCAGCCAAUCCAGAGGACUGGAAAAUAAAUAUGGCUCCCCUAGAUGCUGCAGCUGAGUACGUCAAGGCCGCCGCAAUGCGCGAUGUUAACAACGUUGAUGAAGCCGAAAUCCCAGACGCGGACAGGGAUUGUCAUCUGCCCACACUCCUUGUCGUAAGUGAAAAGGACUAUAUUACGAGGGCAGACAUGAACAUUGCUACUACUAAGGAACAUACGCCCGAUUUGCGGGUGAAGAACUUUGCAGACUGCGGACAUUGGAUUCAGCUGGAGCGACCGGACGAGCUGCAUCAACUUCUGGAAGAGUUUGCUCUGGAGCUGAUUGAUAGAAAAAACUCGUGA